CGUAGGUGGUUGUAGCAAGCAGCCGUCUGUCAGUUUCCUGAGUGGAGCAGGGGCAUUUCCACCAUGGUGCUGAACCCGGUCAUUUCCAAGCUUGCUGGUAAACUGGUCGUGCUGGCAAGUGCUUCUCCGAGGAGACUGGAGAUCCUCAGCAAUGCAGGCUUACGGUUUGAGGUGGUACCAUCCUGGUUCAAAGAAACUCUCGACAAGGGACUUUUUAAAGCACCUCAUGAGUAUGCUGUUGAGACAGCGAAACAGAAAGCCCUGGAGGUGGCCAGGAGAAUGCCCUUUAAACACCUGAAGACUCCAGACAUAGUGAUUGGAGCAGACACAAUUGUGACUGUAGAUGGCAUGAUUUUGGAGAAGCCCGUGGACAAAAAUGAUGCUUACAGGAUGCUGUCAAGCUUGAGUGGUAAAGAGCACAGCGUCUUCACUGGUGUAGCUAUUGUACUCUGCCAUGAGAAAGAAAAUGAUGAAGUGGAUUACCAGUUGGUUGACUUCUACGAAGAAACAAAGGUGAAGUUUGCAGAUCUCUCAGAAAAUAUGCUGUGGGAGUACAUCAAUAGCGGUGAACCCAUGGACAAGGCUGGAGGCUACGGUAUUCAGGCUCUCGGUGGGAUGCUGGUUGAGUAUGUCCAUGGAGACUUCCUUAAUGUUGUGGGUUUCCCCCUCAACCACUUCUGCAAACAGCUGGACUGUAUUUACAACCGCUGUAUUUCCAUCUCGGACCAAGAAAGUGCGUCUGGCCUGUUGACACACAACGGCACUCCAACUACCUCGACACUCACUCAGCCCCCGCAUGACUUGCCAGCUCAGUCCGGCCCCAGACCGAACAGCCCAUCUCCCAAUAAUACACACCAUACCCAGAACAGUAGUACGACCAGUCCUGCCCAUAAGGUGAAAAGAAGAAGCAAUGAAAGUGAAGUGGAUGAGAGUUCCUGGACAUUGGUCAACAGCCUGUCUAAACAUGCUGGUGAUAGAAAGGUCAGAGACUCUGAAAACUCAGCAUUACCACUGAUGACCAGCAGAGGGCAUGUGAUGAAGCUCAAUGUGACAGAGCAUGAGGACAGUGAGCUGCAAGAAGACUUGCAGCGAAUCGUUGACCUGAUGGAUGGAUUCAGAGCCUCAAAGGCACUAUUUACGGCAUCCAAGAUGUGUGUGUUUGACCUGCUACAAAGCAGGCCCCGCCUGGAUGCAGCACAGGUGGCCCAGGAGAUCAAAGCCUCUGUGAAGGGCACUGAAUGCCUGCUAGAAGCCUGUGUGUCUCUGGGACUUUUGAAGAGCAAAGAGAGAACAUGCCAGAAGCCAGUGUUCGAGAACACAGAUCUUGCAACGCGUUAUUUGCUGUCUGAUGCUCCUUUUUCACUGCGGGGCUACAUCCAGCACUGUAACGAAGCAGUGUGGCCUCUUUUCUCCCACCUUGAGAGUGCUGUGCGGGAGGGAGUCAACCAGCGGGAGAAGGCUUUUGGCAAGACAUCCAAGGAUAUGUUUCAGGAUACUUUCUACAGCAGCCAAGAAGUCCAACUGAGAUUCAUGAAUGCCAUGGACAGCAUUGCUAAAGUAACAGGAAAAGCUGUAGCAACCGCCUUUGACCUCUCUAGUUUUAAAACUGCCUGCGACCUCGGAGGAUGCACAGGUGCCAUGGCCUACGAGUUUACUAAAGCCCAUCCUGAGUUGUCUGUGACAGUUUUUGACUUGCCAACAGUUGUUGACAUGAGUGAACAGUUCCAUCCUCUGCACACAGACAACAGGGUGUCAUUUGUAGCAGGAGACUUCUUUAAAGAUGAGUUGCCCAAAGUGGACUUGUACAUCCUGGCGAGAAUUCUCCACGACUGGUCGGAUGACAAAGUGCAUAUUCUGCUGAGUAAAAUCGCAGAUGCGUGCACAGCAGGAUGUGCAGUGCUCAUAGCUGAGACCAUGUUGGACGGACAGAGACCUCACUCUGCUCUUCAGUCUCUGAACAUGCUUGCCCAGACUGAGGGGACAGAGAGGACAGAGAGCCAGUACGCUGAAUUGCUGAGCAAGCAUGGAUUUGGGGACAUGCAUGUGGUUCACACUAAGAACUUCCUUGAUGCUUUUAUUGCCAUUAAAAUGUAGCUUCUGAAUCAAGAACACAUUCACUCAUGUAUUUCAUUCAUUUGAGUAUUACGGACAGUCUUUGUUUACUUUUUGGCCUUGUUAUCUGUGCUAGAACAAAUAAUGGAGUCCCUUACAUAAGUGAAAGUAAAGCCACUAUAGAGUUACCACAUUUUUCUUUAGGAAAAGUGUUAUAGGAAAAUGUAAUAAAGCUAAUAAAGUAAAACUUCUCAUAAUACGUCAUGACCCUUUUGAUGCUUUUACAUUAUGUACCUUAAAUAAGAAAAUUACUUUUUUUUUAUAUAACGGGAAACUUGAUAUUUUUUAAACAUGUUUUUCUGUCUCUGACAAACAAUUUUUUUUUUUUUUUCUGUUUGUCAGAGUGGGCUCUAAUGUAGUCCUACAAGGCAAUUGCUUUCCAUUAAUGUAGCGUCACAUCCACUGUCUGGUUCAGAUUGUUAUUAAAAGUGUCUGGCACCGUUAUUAAAGGACUAUACAGAGAAAUAUUUUAUUCUUUGCCCUGGUACAACUUUAUUUUAAAUAU